GCAAAGGGAAUCUCUGUCAUAAAGCCUGGCUUCCUUGUCUUGUGGGUCCUGCCUCAUGCCACUUCUGCCCCCCUUGGAGUCUUCAUGGGCUCAGCUACACAGUAGCACAGGCCUUCUUCUCUCUUCUCUGGCCAAAGCGGGUAGAGGGCCAAGGGCGAGGGGGGCGUGAGGUGGGGAGCUGCGGAAGUUCAGGAGUUGCUGGGUGGCGCAGGUGCAGGCACUGGGCGGUGUCGGUUCUUUCACUCAUCCCUCCCCUCCCCCUUCCUCCCCGGAAACCAGCGACUUUGCCACCACCAGUAUUGGGGAUGAUGAGCUGUGGGGGCCAGGCCGGGGAGGGGUGGGAGUAAGGGGGGCUGCUGCAGCUGUCAGACCAGAAGCCAGGCUAACGCCUAGGCUCAGGCCUGCAGACUUGGCUCCCACAUCAAUAGCCAUGAGCAGCGGUGCCAACUGCACGGAUCAGCUAGGGCCUGGAAUUCCCUCCUUCCCCCAGGCCUGGGGAUUGUGGGCCCUCUUAGGGGCUGUGACGCUGCUGCUUCUCAUCUCGCUGGCUGCACACUUGUUCCGAUGCAGUAGUCGCUGGAGAAGGAACCGUUCAGGAGGCGGACAGUCUGGAGGGUCUGUGGAAGAGGUCCCCCUGUAUGGGAACCUGCAUUAUCUGAAGACAGGACGACUGUCUCAAGAACCAGGGCCAGACCAGCAGGAUCCCACACUUGGAGGCCCCACCAGGGCUGCAGAGGAGGUGAUGUGCUACACCAGCCUGCAGCUGCGGCCUCCUCAGGGCCGGGUCCCCAGCCCUGGAACCCCCAUCAAAUACUCAGAGGUGGUGCUGGACUCUGAGCCGAAGCCCCAGGCCUCGGGCCGGGAGCCGGAGCUCUACGCCUCCGUGUGUGCCCAGACGCGCAGAGCCCGGUCCUCCUUCCCGGACCAGGCCUACGCCAACAGCCAGACUGCACCCAGCUGAGACGGAGGCCCUGGCGGAGGGGAGAGGCACGGAGAACAGGUCCUGGGUGGGUGGGAGCUUCCUCUGUUGCAGGGGUGACGGUUACCCUGUUCGGGGCAUGACUGUUUCCCAGCAAACCCCCAAAGACAGUCAGCCAUCGCCCCGUCACCGGAGGUGAUGUUCCCCAAGCCUCCUAUCUGACCCGAGGGAGAUAAGUCAGGGGGAAAGCAGGCCCCCGUUUCUUGAGGAUGGAGAAAGCAGAGGCAGUGCCCCCCUCCUCGCUUCCUCCUCCUUCCGGAGUCUUACCAGGUCCUCCCGGCUAUUGCUCUCAUACACUGUACCGCUGACACCUCAGUGUCUCCUCAGACACAGGAAGUGGGCAGUGGGGGAGGGGGUGAGAGCCUAAGAGGACCUGGGUGGGUAUACCCCUGGGGAGGCCA